AUGUCGUUACCGCUAACAUCCACCUCUUCUUCACCAAAACCAACCACAAUUGAGGUGACUGAUUUAGAUUUACCUCAAUUGGCUGAAGUGAAAAAACAAUUGGAAGAGGAACUUACACACUUGACAAGUUCUUUUGCUCAAUUGACCAAGGCUCAGAAAAAAUUUCAAGAUUGUAUAGAUGGUGUGAAAACAAUUAGAGAAGAAAAUACCGGAGAAUUAGUUAAAUCAGAGAAAGUAAUAGUUGAUGUUGGAACAGAUGCAAUUAAAUUUUAUGUGGAAAAAGUAAAUUAUGUCAAAGAAAAUUUAGAUAAAUUGGAAAAAACAAUCAAUAGUAAACAAAAUAAUUUAAAAAUAAUUCUUGACAUAAUGCAAGUAAAGAUUGUUCAAAGUACUCCUACUGCAGCAGCAGCUUCUGCAUCAUCUUCUAAAUAA